AUGACCAUACCGCAGUACAAGCCCCCAAAAGACAUUCAAGAGUUGUUAGACAAAAAGGAACAGCAGCCGCCACAACAACAAUCUGGUCAGCGUCGUCGUACAGCCGUGCUGCCCAAGCGCAGUUGGAUACAGCGAAACCCGCGACUGUUUCAAAUCUCUUUCCUGACGAGCUCCCUACUCAUAUUCUUCUCCAAGCCAAUUUACGACGCGUUCAUAGCAGAUCCCUUGCCUCCCAGUGAGAUUCGUGUGCCGCCACACAAACGUUAA